UGAGUGGUGGAGAGUGUGCCUCUAUGUGUGUUAGUGUUUUUUCCGCCCUCGGUCAGUAGUCACCCUCCAUCACCAUCAAACUUUUACUUUUAUUUUUUGUUUUCUUUUCUUGAAUAUUUGAUGCUUGUUCGAGUGAUUAUUUUACUCGGCACAAUUGCUUGGGAUUCAGUUUACUCAGCCCAAUGCUACAGCUGCUCGUCGCCUCAAUUGCACCUCAAAUGGCCAAAAGAUGAGAACACCAAUCGUUUACUCUACUUACAAGAAUUCCCAUGGUUUGCAAAUGAGAGUUGUGAGACGGUACGUGAUCUGAUGCCUGUUGUAGAUUGUGAAGACAGUGUUUGCAUCAAGGCUGUUAUUAAACAACCACCUGCCGAAAGAUCAAUUUGUGAGACGGGCGGUGCAAUUGUGCGAGACUGCUGGAGUCGUGUCUUCUCCAACGCCGUCAAGAAUCCACGAGCUCGUCGUGACGUCGUUCGACUUGCCCAGACAUCUGACAGUGAGGAGACAAUCGGAAUCAUUUACACCUGCGAAGGGUUUUUGUGUAAUUCAUCUGCAGUCUCCUCAAUAACCCUAAUAUUCUUCCCUUUACUUCUAAUUCGGCGAAACUGAUCGAAUUAAGUAUAAGUGGUUUCUACUAGUCAUGGUUUUUGAUCGUUACGGGUUUCAUGUUCUAAUGAUCUCAAAAAUUACUUUUUAUUAAUUUAUGAAAGAACAAUAUUAAAUUAAACAAAUAAAUGGAAAUAUUUACAAAAUC